GAAAGUUUGUCGGUCGGUCAGUCAAAACCCUUACUGCAGUACAACUUGUUGGUCGGUCGGUUGGUUGGUGCGUCUGUAGGGUCUUGUAACUGCAAGCGUUUUCUUUCGGUAAUGCUAGGAGUAUUUUUUCUGGCCGGAUGUGCUGCAGUACGAGGAGAAGCUCAAAGUAAACCGUGCGAAAUUAAGUGAGUGCGAAAUAAAUCCAAGACAGGACCACGUUCUUUUUGUUAGUAGUUUGAAUAAAUUCAGCUCUCUGUGUGGAGAGCUCGUCAGUCUCUGAAAUAACGUAAACAUAUUGCCCCCUUGACUCGGUCAGUCGUAGCAACUCAGCUCCAUUCCCGAUGACACACGCUUUGUUUUGACAGAAGUUUACGCACCACCAUAUGACAGGCGGACGACCAAUCUACUGUGGAAGACAGCCACGCCCAUGUAUCGCGUCUUAUAAGGAACUGAUGACAACUUAAUCUUCACAGUUGCGUCUGAUUUCUCCGUCAGGUGUCAGUACCUUGCAGCCAUGGAUUCGUUCCCUCUUCAAUACACAGCACCCACAGUGAUUCCAGCCACAGAUACUACCCGUAUGGUGAAAUCCAUUACGUUGCAUGGACACGGUCAGUUUAGGAGAAUCAAGGUCGAAGAGACGCCGCUCGGGGAAAAUCUCGCAAGCAACCACGUUGAAAUAGAGGUUCGUUACUGCGGCUUGAACUUCACCGACAAUUACUUACGCUUGGGUAUCAUAAGAAAUAGUAACUUCCCAGUAAUCAUGGGUAGUGAAUGUUCCGGAGUCAUCACGCGCUUGGGAGAAGACAUAAUAGAUCUUGAGGUAGGACAGAAAGUGCUUUGUUUGAAAAUGCAGGGCGGCCUGUUUCGUCAUGUUGUUCAGGUGCCACGGAAGCACUGUUUCGAGGUGCCCAGAGACACAGAUCUCAAAGAUGCCGUCGCCAUUGGUCUAAACUUCUUAGUGGCGCACGUCUGCUUGUUCGAAUUCGGCGAUUUAAAACCAAGAAAUAAAAUUUUUAUGCAGUCGAUUGCAGGUGGCGUUGGUACGGCCGUUAUCGAACUCGCGAAAACAAUACCUCUCGUCAAAAUUUACGGAAGUGCCUCUGAGUCAAAGCAUAGGAAACUCAAUGCUCUUCGAAUAGAUAGCGCAUUCGAGCAUGAAGAAGAUUACGUUGAAGAAAUUCUGGACGUCCACCCUGAAGGCUUGGAUGUGGUCAUAAACAGCAAUGGUGGAAGUGAUGUUGAAAAGUGCUUAAGGCUGUUGAACCAGCGUGGAAUGCUGAUCAACAUUGGUUCCAACAGCACAGCUAUAUAUCCUAAAACCACCAUUUGGGGAAUGAGACCAACGUGGGAUACCAAGUACAUAUCUUCGGCGGAGUUGGUCAGCAAGAACUUAAGUGUAGCUGGCCUCAACAUCGGCCUCUUCAUGGAAAAUUAUCCCAGACUGACGCAAGACAUACUGAAUGAACUGUUCGAUCUACACUCGAUUGGAGAAAUAGAGCCACACGUUCAUUCAGUAUUGCCUUUCGAAAAGGUGGCAGUCGGCUUAACACAACUCUGUAAGAGAGAGAACUACGGGAAAGUCAUCCUAGACCUCAAAAAGAGGGACGAAGAUUCAGACGAACCACUGCAGCAGGUUCCAGAACCUGAAGAAGCCCAACCGGCAAACUCCUGCCAUGAACAACCCAGACGGUUGAGCGUCGACCUAGAAGAAAUGACUACGGUUGCAAGUGUACCUGAAAAGAACGAAGCGAAAUAGCCGGUCGCAGUGGCGACGCUGGAACAACUGGUGCACGUGAAUGGAAUCGGACGUAACUGUCUAUGGGACGGAUAUGCAGCAGUUAUGGUGCUACUUGAAUUUUAAUACUGUCCUAAAUAUUUGCAAGUUUUUACUGUUGUAGUAUCAGCAUGCUAUUCAUAUACAUUUAAGAACCAAUUUUAUAAGAUGUUGUUCCAGUUGUAAAUUUUAUGGAAGUUGCCAAUUUUAUGCAGUAUUCGUGAAUAAAGCAGUGCUGUAUCAGUA